UUGCCCAAUUGAAUCUUCUUGGUUCUUUCUUGUUCUUUAGUUUCAUCGCCGCCCCAAGAUCGUUCUUUUAAAAGAUAUGAAUAAGCAGUCGGUGGUUCUGUUCUUCUGCCAUGUGUUGCUCCUCGCCGGAAUGUCUUUUUCCCAUUCCACCUGCACCGGCUACUGGACACUUUUGCAGGACGCCAUCGGCAUUUCAGCCAUGCACAUGCAGCUACUCCACAACGACCGUGUCGUCAUGUUCGAUGGCACCGACCUUGGCCCAUCGAACGUGUCGUUCCCCAAAGCAAAGUGCUCAAGAAUCUACAAUGGACGUCGAAUCGGGUUCGAUUGUACUACUCAUUCUGUCGAGUACGAUGUCGCCACCAACUCAUUCAGGCCACUCGCUAUUCAGUCAAGUAUGUGGUGCUCGUCGGGUGGAGCUGUGCACUAUGGCGCUCUGGUUCAAACUGGUGGUUUCAAAGCUGGCGACCGGACCGUCAGGAUCUUAAAACCGUGCCGAGGAUGUGACUGGGAAGAGAUUCCGAUGGGGUUGCUCACCCGCCGGUGGUAUGCCACCAACCACAUUCUCCCCGAUGGCAGCCAGAUCAUAGUCGGCGGCCGGAACAGCUUCAGCUAUGAAAUCUUUCCUAAACCUGCAUCGUUUUAUUGGCAUUUGGCGGAGACUAAAUCUGCAGCCAAGGCAUAUAGUUUGCCGUUCUUGGUGCAAACCAACGAUGGCGAAAUCGAGAACAAUUUGUACCCAUUCGUGUUUCUUCAUAUCGAUGGGAGUUUAUUCAUAUUCGCUAAUAAUCGAGCCAUCUUAUUUGACUACUCCAAGAACAGGGUUCUUAAAGCCUUCCCGGAAAUUCGUGGCGGCAAUCCGAGGAAUUACCCGAGUACUGGAUCGGCUGUGAUGCUUCCGUUGGAUUUGCAGGCGAAAUCCAUUCAAGUGGAGGUCAUGAUCUGCGGUGGAGCUCCAAAAGGAGCUCAUAUUAAAGCUCGCAAUGGGGUUUUCGUCAAAGCACUCAAAACUUGUGCAAGAAUCAAAAUUACCAGUCCAAACCCCAAAUGGCUUAUCGAGAUUAUGCCACUUCCCAGGGUUAUGGGCGACAUGUUGUUGCUUCCAAACGGCAACGUUUUGCUGAUCAACGGCGGGUCCUUCGGCACCGCCGGCUGGGAACUUGGCCGGAAACCGGUACUGAACCCGGUUCUGUACCGACCCAACAAACCACCCGGUGCAAGAUUCGAAAUGAACGCCCCGAGUAAAAUCCCCCGUAUGUACCACUCGACAGCGAUCUUGCUUCGUGAUGGCCGUAUUCUCGUCGGUGGGAGCAACCCGCAUCCGGUUUAUAAUUUUUCCGGCGCACUUUUUCCGACGGAACUGAGCAUAGAAGCAUUUCAUCCUUCAUAUCUUGACCCUCAAUUCUUGGCCUUACGUCCCACAAUACUAACACCAUGGUCUCAAAUGAUGCUUCUCCACGGACAAAGUUUCAAGGUGGAGUUUACGGUGAUCGACGAAUUAGACCCGACGGAAGUGUCGGUAACCAUGUUGGCUCCGCCGUUCAAUACCCAUUCGUUCUCAAUGAACCAGAGGCUGUUGGUGCUCGGCGUGGGCAAUGUGACGACGAACAUAUGGCCGGAUCUGAAGUAUGAAGUGGAGGUUAGCGCUCCUGUUGGCAGUAAUAUCGCACCGCCUGGGUUUUAUCUAUUAUUUGUUGUUCAUCAGUGCAUUCCCAGUGAGGGCAUUUGGAUUCAAAUACUUGGAUAAUUGAUUUCGGUGUUCCAAUUCUUUUUCGAGGUGGAUUACUGUUUUUGUUCAUAUUGGUUAUAUUCAUUGUAAUUUGCCUUCAUA